UACUAUGCAUCAAAACUAAACCAAACGGAUAACCUCUCUCUUAAAAAAACACGCACAUCUCCCGCAACCAAGGGAGAGAAAAUUCCCCAAUCUAGAGAGAGAAAGACAAAAAUUGAGAGGAGAGAGAGGAACGGUGCGAGAGACGGAAAUUGAGAUCGCUAACAAUGAAGCAGCAGCAAUGGCAGCUGUGCAGAAAGAAGACUCAAUUCAACAUUAAGAAGAAAUUCCUUUGGAGAAUCUCUAUCCUGCGCCGAUACGUUCUAUCGGUUUGGAGCCAAUUCCUGGCUUGCUGGAGCGGAAAGAUCUCCGGGAACUACAGGCCUCUGCCGCCCAAUUCCUCCGACACCACCACCACCGUCUCCUCCUCCUCCUCGCCGCCGCCCUCUACCGCCGCCCCGAUCCCGUUGCGGCUUAGCUAUGGGAAGGAUUCCUCGGAUUUGGUUUCAUUGAAGAUUAGCCUCUUUGGCGAUUCAAACAUCGGGAAAACGAGUUUUCUGACAAAAUAUGCAGGUAUAAAGAAAAGAGACGAAGAAAAUGCAGGGAUGGGAAUAAAUCGAGUCGACAAAAUAUUGGAUGUGAAAGGGGCAAGGAUCUCUUAUAGCAUAUGGGACGUGGGAGGUGAUGAAUCUUCGCGUGAUCAAAUUCCCGUAGCUUCUAAAGAUUCAGUGGCUAUGCUAUUUAUGUUCGAUCUUACCAGUCGGCGUACAUUAAAAAGUGUGAUCAGAUGGUAUCAAGAAGCCAGUAAAUAUAACCAGACUGCAGUUCCAGUAUUUAUAGGGACCAAAUUUGAUGAAUUUAUGCAACUUCCUAUAGCUUUGCAAUGGACAAUUGCAAGCCAGGCAAGAGGGUAUGCAAAGGCUCUCAAUGCACCACUAUUUUUUUCCAGUGCAAAAUACAACAUAAAUGUGAAUAAAGUUUUCAAGUUCAUCACAGCCAAGCUCUUCAAUUUGAACUGGAAAUUGGAGCGAAAUCUCACCAUUGGAGAACCCAUUAUUGAUUUCUAGUUCUCAUCUUUCUUUUACCGGAAUUUUCUGUAGAAAAGUUCCGUAGAAAAUAUUAGUCGAGUGAAAAGUGAGUGCAGUCAACCAGUUGCCGGAUUUGCAUAGUGCUACGCGGAUAUGAUAUGUUGCAUGUGUUAGUGUAUCGUAGAGAAGAUAAAUGUGUAUCCGGUGAUCUCGAGUUGUUUAGACUUUAGAUAGUGUCCAAAAGAAAAGGAGAUGAAUGUAUAUGUGCUUCCAGAAAGAAAAACAACGAAGCACGACGUCCCGAUUCUUUGAAUAAAAUCUUUGCUCUC